AUUUUCAGAUAUAAUUCAGUUGGAAGAACGUAUGGCUGGCAAAUAAUUGCUGUAAGGCCGGAAAAGUUGACUGGAAACAACACCAGGGUGGAGGUUACAACACUGUGUGUCUUUCUAGAAGAUGACCAUAGAGGAUCUCCCAGAACCUUCCUUAGAAGGAGAUUCCCUCAUUGAAAGAGAACAGUUCUUAUUCCCAAACUCUGAAACAUCUGUUACUUUUUCUGUUGCUGCAGCACCAAUGCCUUCAGACUGUGAGUUUUCCUUCUUCGAUCCCAAUGAUGCAGCAUGCCAAGAAAUACUUUUUGACCCCAAAACAUCAGUUUCUGAAUUGUUUGCUAUCUUAAGGCAGUGGGUUCCACAGGUUCAGCAGAAUAUUGAUAUUAUUGGGAAUGAGAUCAUUAAAAGGGGUUGCAAUGUGAAUGACAGAGAUGGACUGACUGAUAUGACUCUCUUGCAUUACACUUGCAAAUCAGGAGCUCAUGGUAUUGGUGAUGUUGAAACUGCUGUAAAAUUUGCCACUCAGCUUAUUGAUUUGGGUGCUGAUAGCAGCUUACGGAGCCGCUGGACAAAUAUGAAUGCCUUGCACUAUGCUGCCUACUUUGAUGUUCCAGAACUGAUCAGUGUUAUUUUGAAAAAUGCAAAGCCAAAAGAUGUGGAUGCCACCUGUAGUGAUUUUGAUUUUGGAACAGCUUUGCAUAUUGCUGCAUUUAACCUAUGUACAGGAGCUGUCAAGUGUUUACUGGAACAUGGAGCAAAUCCUGCCUUUAGGAAUGACAAAGGGCAAAUUCCAGCAGAUGUGGUUCCUGAUCCGGUGGAUAUGCCACUGGAAAUGGCAGAUGCGGCGGCCAGUGCAAAAGAAAUCAAGCAGAUAUUGCUGGAUGCAGUGCCUCUCUCAUGUGACAUCUCAAAAGCCAUGAUUCCAAACUAUGAUCAUGUCACAGGGAAGGCCAUGCUUUUAUCGCUUGGCCUGAAACUGGGAGAUCGUGUUGUUAUUGCAGGACAGAAGGUUGGUACCUUAAGAUUUUGUGGCACAACGGAAUUUGCCAGUGGCCAGUGGGCUGGUGUAGAGCUAGAUGAACCAGAGGGAAAGAACAAUGGAAGUGUUGGAAAAGUCCAGUACUUCAAGUGUGCACCAAAACGCGGUAUCUUUGCACCUCUUUCCAAAAUAAGCAAGGCUUCUGAUCACAAAAAAGGCUCUGUACGAAGUUCUUCCUUGCGGUCUUCACCUUUGGUCAAAUCCAAGAAAAUAGAUGUGACACACAUAACUUCCAAAGUGAAUUCUGGCCUAAAUAUGGCAAAAAAAGACAGUGCUUCUGAAACCAACUUUAUGACUGCUAACAGGGGAAAAACUGUACCUGCAAAAGACGGUUUUCCUGGGUACAGCAGCUCUUCCUCUUCUACUACGUCCUUGGAAGGCAAACGGAAUUACUCCAAGAAGCGGAACUCAACUAGCAACAAUAAAAAGCCACUGACUAGAGUGUCUUCUGCCUCAUCCAAAAUUAGUGCUGGGUUGUAUAGUACUCCGACUAUGAGAAAAAAUGCUCUUGAUGGAGAAAUUCAGGUUGGAGACAGAGUACUGGUGGUGGGACAGAGAACAGGCACUGUUAGAUUUUGUGGGACAACAAAAUUUGCACCAGGAUUUUGGUGUGGAAUUGAAUUGGACAAGCCUCAUGGGAAGAACGAUGGUUCGGUGGGCGGUGUGCAGUACUUCAGUUGUCUUCCCAGAUACGGUAUAUUUGCACCACCAUCUCGUGUACAGAGACUAACGGGUUCUCUGGACUCUCUCACAGAAACUUCGUGGAAUAAAAUGAAUCACACUUUUCCAGGUUUUAGGCGCAGUCUCAGCACCACUUCUGCAUCUUCACAAAAGGAGAUAAACAGAAGAAACUCCUUUGUUAGAUCGAAGAGCUCCGUGUUGCGGCGCAGCUGGAGCAGCACCACUACAGCUCACUCCGAGGGGCCCGUGAAGCUGCACGAGGGCUCUCAGGUUCUCCUGACCAGCUCCAAUGAAAUGGGGACCAUCAGGUACAUUGGUCCAACAGACUUUGCACCGGGGAUAUGGGUCGGGCUGGAACUCCGAAGUGCCAAGGGAAAGAACGACGGCUCCGUGGGGGAAAAGCGCUACUUCACCUGUAAGCUGAACCACGGGGUCCUAGUUCGACCUAGCAGAGUAACCUACCGUGGGAUUAAUGGGGCAAAGCUUGUGGAUGAUAUUUGCUGAGCUGAAAGGGGCUCAGAGAGGAGGAAAUAGGUAUUUUAAAGCACAAACCAACCCCACCUAGAAUGCGAACUUAUUUUGAAAUUAUUAAAUCUGCGUUUGCAUUUUACAUAUAU